AUGGCGCCGCCCACCUUCAUGGGCCUGACCGGGCGACCUCUCUCUCUUGCCGUAUCUACGGUUGCUACAACAGGCUUCGUGCUGUUUGGCUAUGACCAAGGCGUCAUGUCUGGCAUUAUUACUUCACCAGUGUUCAAUGAUAUAUUCGCCGCCACAAAGGACAAUUCUACCAUGCAAGGAGUCGUGACUGCGAUAUAUGAUCUCGGCUGUCUCUUCGGCGCCAUCUUCAUCCUCACAUUCGGAGACUUCCUCGGCAGGCGACGAUCCAUGAUGAUGGGCGGCACGAUCAUGAUCCUAGGCGUCCUCAUCCAAGUGACGAGCGAAAAGAGCUCGACACCAUUAGCACAAUUCAUCGUAGGGCGCACAAUCACCGGCGUGGGAAACGGAAUCAACACCUCCACAAUCCCAACAUACCAAGCCGAAUGUUCCCGCACAAGCAAUCGAGGGCUAUUGAUCUGCAUCGAAGGCGGCAUUAUAUUCGCCUUGGUCGUUAGUAUUGGCAUAAUCUGGCUCCCUGAGUCUCCUCGCUGGCUGCUCUCCCGCGGCCGUGACGCAGAGGGAGAGACUGUGAUUGCUGCCCUGCGCGGGCUGGAUGUGGAUGCCAAGGAGACGCAAUUGCAGAAACAGGUCAUUAUGGAUAGUAUCAAUGCUUCUGGGUAUGGGAGUAAGAAGGGGACGCCUAUCAAGGCGGUUUUUACCGGUGGGCGGACGCAACAUUUUCGACGCAUGUUGCUUGGUGUGAGUAGCCAGCUUAUGCAACAGCUCUACCCAGCAGAAAUUAACCCGAUCAAGACUCGUGCAAAAGCCAACGCUUUAUCCACCUGUUCGAAUUGGCUUUUCAAUUUCCGUAAGCUAUCUCACCCCUUAAAUCUUUCCACCCCUGAAAGCUUUGCUGUCUCCCACCCUUCUGACAACUCAAAAGUCAUUGUAAUGGUAACCCCAGUAAUGAUCUCGAACAUCAAAUGGGGCACUUACCUCUUCUUCGCCAUCGUCAACGCCUGCUUUCUCCCCAUCAUCUACUUCCUCUACCCCGAAACCGCACGUCGCAGCCUUGAGGAAGUCGAUAUCAUCUUCGCAAAGGGGUAUCAGGAGGGGAUAAGUUAUGUCAAGGCUGCGAAGGAAUUGCCGUUCCUGGAGGAUGAGGAGAUUGAUGCUAGGGCUAGGGAGUUCGGUUUGGUUGGAGAUGGAGGACGGGUCGGGGUUGGGGAAGAGGAAGUGGAAGUGGAAGGGGGAAAGUUUGGGUAA